AUGUAUUAUUUAGACCUCUGCAACAGAGAUUUAGCCGGAGAAAUGGAUCUAAAAGACUUCACCAACCUCAAAUCUCUCAAUGCUUCUAAUAAUAAGUUUGAAAAUUUGGACUUCUUAAACUCUUUACCAAAUAAGGACAAAUUACAAAGUAUCAACCUUUUCGGUAAUGAAAUACAAAAUCUAGAUUUGAAUUUAUUAUUAGCAGAUUUUCCUAACUUAAAAGUGGUAAAUUUAGACAAUAAUCCAUUAAGCCUAAAAAAUUUAGAGCAAUUGUCGGUCAAGCAACUUAAUUCUUUGGUGGAUAUGGAAUUAAAAGAAAAAACUAACCAAAGCACUAAUAACAGCCAUAAUUCACAAACUAGCCAGCAAACUAGUGUUGCUAAUUAUCAAUCAAUAGGAAAAGACAAUAAAAACGGCAAUAAUUUACUAUUGCUGCCGUUUAUGAAAAUCAUUAACAAUGAAAAGUUUCCACCUAUUCAUCCGGGGGAAAUAUUGCUUGAAAAUUUUUUUAAACCACGAAAUCUAACUAUCGAACAAGUAGCCCAGGACAUAAAGGUUCCGUUCUACCAAUUACAGGACUUAAUUGCCGAAAAGAGAAAUAUAGAUACUGAUAUGGCUUACCGUUUAGGAUACUAUUUUAAAGUUGGUGCCGAAGGAUUUUUAAAUUUACAACAACAUUACGACCUGGAAUGCUGA